GGGCGAAAGGGCGAUCGAGGGAAAGAAAAGAAGAAAAAAAAAGAAAGAAAAAAGUUCCUGGUAACAGAGUGGUGAGUGAGAGGGACGUGAGAGAUUCCUCUGAGGCUUGACUUCUCCGCUCAGGGAACACCCAUCACAAACUCUGAGACGAACACGACAGCUGAUCCCCCCGGUGUUACCCGGAUCACAUUCACAGCUCGGCGGACUGGAGCAGCCACUUUCAUCCUGACGUGCCACUUUGGGAGAAGUGUUUGCGACAACAGCAACAACAGGUAUGAGCUGCGUACUACCAGUUCCAGUCUAAUGAGAAUUUCAUGAUUUGCUAACUAUCGACUUUCAUCGUGAGCAAGGGACUUCCGUGGAAUACGUUUCAGCCAUGAGCGGGAAAGGUUGUCAGCUCCUGGUGUCCCCCUGCAAUGCAUCCCCAUCCCUGAGCAUGAUCAGAGGACACCAGUCGCAGUCCAUCAGGAUUCCCGUGUCCCCCGCGCCGCGGGCCAAUCUCAGUCCCUCCUCGGGAGUGGAGAAAGGCAAAAAAGGAGCCAUUCAGUGCAGAGGCCAGGUUGUGCUGCCAACCCUGAGCCUCCGCAGGCGGGUGCUGAUUAAUGGGAAACCUCUAAACCUGCCGACUGCAUCCCCACAACAGCAAGUAGCCGCUCAUCAUCCUCCGACCACAACGGUGACUAACAUCCUUCAGACAGACCUCUGCUCCUCAAACAACAGCUUCAAAGCAGGUUGCCCCGUGUCUCGGCCCACCAUGGAAGUAUUUGGUCAACCAGCUGCUGCUUACCUGACAGUGACCAGUAGUCCAAUGACUGUUGUCACAGGCCAAACAUACACUGCAGGUCUUGCAGUGCCUCCUCCUCCUCCAUCUCAUUUACAUGGUGUAAAUAUUCCCCACACUGAUGCCAGAUCCUUACUGUCCAGAGAAUCCCUGGCAUCCACCACCCUCAGUCUGUUUGAAACACAGUCAGUGUUUAGUGGAAAACAUGACUGGCCAUAUGGCUACCGUGUGCUUCCUCCACUGGGACCACCUCAGUGCUCCACCCAGGCCAGCGAAGGAGGUGAGCAGCUGAGCGCUUCACCAGGCACAGCCAUGUCCGGCACAACCAUGUCAGGUGGCACGAGCCACUCUGCCUCCCUGCCUUCUUACCUGUUUGCAGGUGAGGCAGGAAGCCCCAGGGCGUCUCGUGCUAAGAAAAGAGCCCUCUCCAUGUCGCCUUUGUCAGAUGUCAUGGGCACGGAUUUCAACUCGAUCAUACGCACCUCGCCUACCUCACUUGUGGCUUAUAUCAAUGGGUCCCGCAGCUCUCCAGCCUCCCGUUCCACACUCUCACCUGUCCAGUCGGAGGGUUAUGGUCACUUCCUGGGUGUGAGAGGGCGCUGUAUCCCCCAUGUCCACCCUUACAGCAUGCCAGGCUCAUCGAGGGCUUUGGUCCCACAGACAGAUUGCGGCCUCAUGCAGGUGCUUGAAGAGGGCGGGGUCCUGGAGAGCCAGAUGGCGAAUAUGGUGGUGGAGCAGCAGUGCCUCCCAGAGGAAGGAGGGGCGCUGGAGAAGACUUCAGAGACCCGCAGCCAAACCGCCAACAACCUGCCAACACCUUUACAGUUACAGCCAGCUCUGUUGACUACAGUCCACGAGGCUGCUACUCCACAGGGGCCUCCACCACCCUACCACUCCCACCAACACAUUCACCUCUCCAGGCGUCACUGCAAGAUGAAGUCUUUAUCUCAGGACCCUCUCACACAGGCUUCCAUGCUUCCCCCAAGACAUGGGGUGAGCUUUUUACCCCAGAUACCAAUGCUGGAAGAAGAAGAAGGAGAGCUGGAGGACUAUGGGGCCCACUGCUGCAAGUGGUCGGACUGCAGCGCAGUCUAUGACCAAAAGGAGGAGUUGGUAAGGCACAUAGAAAAGCUACAUGUUGAUCAGCGGAAGGCCGAGGACUUCACAUGCUACUGGGCGGACUGCCCACGCAACUACAAGCCCUUCAAUGCCCGAUACAAGCUUCUUAUCCACAUGAGGGUCCACUCAGGGGAGAAACCCAACAAGUGCACGUUUGAUGGCUGCAAGAAGGCUUUCUCUCGGCUAGAAAACUUGAAGAUCCACCUGCGCAGCCAUACAGGCGAGAAGCCAUAUCUGUGUCAGCACCCAGGAUGCCACAAGGCCUUCAGCAACUCAAGUGACAGAGCCAAACACCAGCGCACACACCUGGACACAAAGCCGUAUGCGUGCCAGGUGCCUGGCUGUGCAAAGCGUUACACUGAUCCCAGCUCCUUGAGGAAACACGUGAAAUCCCACUCUACUAGAGAGCGACAGUUACGGAAGAAGAUGAAAUCUAUAGGUGAAGUGACCCAGGACACACUAACAGACUGUUUAACCAUCCACACUCUGCAACCAAGCCUCUCUCCUCUGGCAAGGAUAGACAAAAACUUGAACCAAUCCCCUGGUGCAUCCUAUGACUCAUACUCUGCUGCUCCACAGGGACACGACUCAUCCAGCAAUCCUCACCUGGAGCUGUUGUGCUCCUUACAAGAUAUUUACAGGUUUGUUGAUCCUUCCCCUCACCAGCUCUUCCCUGGGGACCAGUGUGGCCCUUGCUCUUCCACCUGCCUCCCGUACUCUCCCAAUGGGACAACCCUGCAGAACGACCAACAUCUGAAGCGGCCGAGCCAGCCUCCUGAUUUGGCAGAUCACAAUCCGGAGCUCUUGGGACAGAUGAGGGUGCUAUUUUCUCCUCCACAAUAUGGUGGGAUCACUGCAGAGACCAGUUCGAGUCACCUGAUGCAAGUUGAUGCCUUUGGUGACAGCAUCGCUCCAGCAGUCAAUAAUCCCAAUAGGGUGGCAACCGCACAAACGACUCUUCCCUGCAUUGCAGGUGCAUCUGCAGAGUUUAAUAUCCACAGGCAAGCGCCACACGAUGUGGCUCCUAAUCAACAAUUACACGGAGGAGAUUUCUUCACUGCGGCUGACCAUUUCACAAGCCAGGGCUCCUGCAUCUAUACAGACGGAUAAUAUUACUCAAUUGUGGGUUUUGCUCCUUUGCACUAUUUUGUGUCCUUGUUCCAUUUAAGUCGGUCAAUGGGAGGAACACUUUGGAUAGCAUUGCAACCUGGCGGCAGCUUCAUUCAGCGAAAUAAAAGAAUACGGGAUGAUAAAAAAAACAUAAAAAGACGCUGCUCCCUGGUUUAUAUUACACCGAUGUUAUUGACUCUUACAUUCUAAAUAUGUCUUUCUCUCUCUCUGUCUUUGACUAAAUCUCUGGAAAUGCACUGGCCUACUAAACCAUCUGGCGUCUUCCUCCAUAAUCAAUGUAUAGUAAUGACUGAGCCUAUCAGAUUUUAAUGUUUACUUUUUUGUUUACGUUUUUUUACACAGCCUGUGUGUAGCAUGCAGCAAGAAACUUCUGGUGACAUUUUGCUAAAUAUUCAAUGCUGCAAUCAAAGCAAAGUAAGCAAGGGAUCAUUUAUCAAGUUUUUUCUUAGAACCGUGGCUUUGUAACUAUAGUAACAAGACAGCCUUACCAUUUCACUGUAAUGCUCAUAGAUAUAACUUGAAUAUACAGUAGUACUGUGUUAUGAUUGCUCUUGUGCCUACACCAUGAGGCGCAUUUCUGUAGGUGAGCAGGCCAGUGAUUUUGUAUGAGAGUAGUUUAUUUAUGGCAAAAUACUUUCUUUUCACAUUACAAAUAACCCUAUCUGAAAACAGCAUACUGCAGCCAGUUAUUUCUAUAUGGUGUGAAAUUUUACUUAAGGAGACUGCACAGCUUGCUUGAGAUAGGAAAACUGUCAGUGAUAGCUUUUUUGUGAUUUUUUUUUGCAUUGCAAUGCAGUGCAGACCUUUCCAUCGAAUGUAUAGUUGCAGCUGCAUUACCAUGCAACCACAACACAAGUACAAGAUCAACAAUGGAGACUCGAUGUUCACCGUGAACCAAACUCAAAGGACUUGAAAUGAUUGAUAAAUCUUUAUACCGCUCAACAUAUGUUUUAUGUUUUAUAGUAAAUUAGCUUAAUUAUGCUAAAAUGCUGCUAAAAUGCCUUAACUCGUGAUCAGGGAAAAGUUCAUUAAUUCUAAUUCCAUUUAGGCAAAUUAAAUGUUUAGAGCUAACUACACAAAUGACUGUCAAGGCCUAUGUCAAUCUGCAAAGCACUGUGCAGUAAUACAGAAGACAUGUACUUCCCCUUACAUACUGAGAAAGCCAUGCAAUUAUAGUUUCAUAAAUGCCACAACUUAGUAGAAAUGGAAGGUAUGAGACAUUAAGUGGGCAGUGGAAAUCAUAAAGUGUUAUAGUUGACACAUAUGCUAAAGUAGCUUUUUUCACAUAAUAAAAAUAUAUAAUUGUUCAAGUCA